UUUACCUUCUCUCCUCCUUCUCUCCUCCUUCCUCUUCCUUCUCUCCUCCUUCCUCUUCCCUUCUGUCAUGCUGUAUUUCUCUAGCCUGACUCCCUUCUUUUCUCUCAAAAGGGGCCACACUCUCUGGUCUCUCUCGCUCCCUCUCUCUUUCUCUCUUUCUCUGAGUGCCACAAUCCUUGGAAAGCAUCAGCAUUUGCACUCCAGUGUUUCACACACACCACCAAUAUUAAUGUAUUACGUAUGGUGGACAUUAAGACAUAGGCCUUGUAUUUGGCGUUUACUUUAGUUUUUCAUAUACAUUGGAGCAUUUGCCCACUUCUUAAUGUACAUUUGUUAAAGUGGGACCUGAAAUGCCAAAAUCCUUUUCCCCAUGAAGGUGUAUGCAAGUUUCACAUGAUGAGAAUUGCAAGCUAGUCAUGUAGGGAAUCAAGUCUCUUCUCCACCUGCAGGUGGCGCUCCAAACAUGCCUACUCAUUUCUCCAUGUAAGACUAUUAAGAGGAUGGUUAGUUUUUAUUCUUAGCAUAUCAAUCACACCCCAUUACAGAAAAUUUAAAUACGUUGAAUGUAUGCAUAAUGUACUCUUUAGGUUUAGGCUUGACCUACAGUAAUUCAAAGUGUUUUUUAUUGGGACAAUACAAGGAUUUCAUGAAAAGCGGCCUUGAACUGGAUGCUGAAAACCAACGGAGAUGACCGCUGUAUACAAAAAAAAAAAGUUUUCACAUUGCUGGAUAUUAAUUGAAAAUGUUUUGAAUAUUGAUAGAUGACAUUAGCUGUUGAAAAACCUGCUUCGGAGGAUGGUCUGUGCUGUGUGUGUUGUUCAUAGAAACAAAAAAUUGUGCUUGGACGUUGUGUUUGGCUCGUGCUGUUUGCCUGGAAUGACUGUGGACGCUCACAUCAAGCAUGACGUGAUUUUUUAUUUUCCUUUGCAAAGGCAAGAGGAUAGUUUUCAUUGGUCUCACCGUUUUGCUGUUCGUGUUAUUUCUCAUGGUUGCAACAUCUUCUGUAAACCAAUCACCAGUGUGGGACAAAGUUGUGUGUUGUUGCAGGGAUUUGAGGUUUGCUAGUAUCGAUGUAACAACGUCCGUGUUUAAAAUGCUGGAAGACCUCCGACCAUCUUUUCUCAUCCUUACCUCAGUCCAAGUUUUUCGGUGCUGGUUUCCUUUCUGUAAAACACAUUUUCAUUUCAUCAGUUUACAGGUUAUUUUCCCGCCGAAUGUGCGUCCGUGGUGAAUCCGGCCUGUCGUCCGUGUUUCAUGUCGGGGUGCAGGUAGUGUAAAUAAUUUGCUUGUGUAUCUCAGAUUUUAUUUCUUGACAAAAUAGGGUUUUGUUUUUUUUCUUUUUCUGAGAAAUCCUAGAGCUUGAGAAACUGUAUUAAAUGUAGAUAUGUUGAUAACAUAAAUGCCUGGUUCAGUUUUCAUUUGCCCCCAUUAAACCGUGAACUUUGAGUUGUUUUUCUGACUCCUUACAUAUUCCACCAUUUUGCUGCUACAUAGAGACAGAGGCCGUUUCUCAAUCGCGAGUAAAACUGCUGCAGAGCAACUAUUUCAAGUAUACUACGCCAUCGAGUGGCGCCAAGGAGGACUGUUUAAAUGCAUGUUAGGUUAAAUCCAUAGACUGUAUAGGUUAAAUCGCAUUCUGCGCCACUCUAUGACGUAUACCUGAGAUAGUUGCUCUGCAGCAUGUGUACUCGCGAUUGAGAAACGGAGUAUUAUUGCAGCUGUUCUACAAAGCAAAACAUGAUCAGCGACACAAGCCCUGCAAUAAAUACACAUUUGGUGAAGUUAAUAUUAUUUUUGACGUAAUCUCUAUUUUGAGUAUGUCAUUUCUUGUAGACACAAUGUCCCUUUGUCUGUCUUUGAAUCGACUUUUGUGUUGACACAAGCAUUUUUCUCUUCUGUUUUUCCUGCCGGCAACUGUCUAGCUCCCUCAUACCUAUUUAUGUUACCUUUUUUCUCUCUGAAACAAACUUUAUGAUAGAUCUUAAUGAAAGCAUACUUGACAUUUAUAUCAGAGCUGAACUGAUUAAUCAUCCAGGCUGAUUUGCAGAUAUUUCAGUAUCAGUCUGAUGCUAAAUGUCAUUGAAUAAGUAAAAGAAAGCAUUUUUUUUCAUGGUCAAAACAGUUUUUAUUUCUUAUCAGUCAAAAACUUUAAAGGUUACAGAAUGUAUGUUUAUUGGAUCUAAUUUUGUUAAUUUGAUAUGACAUUGAGUUUGACGAAUGGUUAUAUUUAAAGCCAAGCAUGCUCAAGAAUAAGCCUCUCAUGUCCUGGCUGUCAAGUAGAUGGGAAUUAUGUUUUUAACUGACUAUUUCUUCAGUAGAAAGGCAGUGAAUUGUUAAUUGUUAUUUUUCAGUUUUUUGAUAAUCACAAACCAAAUGUCAAUCCUGUUCAUUUCAGUUGGCAAUCAUCCCAGACAGAUCUCAAAACACUGUCAUUUAAAAGUAAAAAAGUAUCUGCAUAGUUGAAACGACUAACAAAAAAGAGACACAUAUGUCAUGACCCUUUUAAGAACGACUACAACGCCUGCAGAAAUGUCUGCCACAGAUCCUCUAUAAAACAUUGUUCUCGGUGUGUGAGAACAAUGUACGUCUACCAUGUGAUGUGGACACAAACACAUGUGAGGGUGUGUGUUUCAGUCACAUGUAGACGGACACACACCAGGCCUAUUGUCAGAGUAUCUGUCUGAUGCUGAUGUCACGGCCCGUGUCAGGAGGGAAGAGGACAGAGCAUUUCAGAGUGGACUGAGUUAGCAACAUCGAGACAACACAACAACAUCAAGAUGAUGGUCAACACUGUGAGGUUUGCUCUGGUUGUUGUGGGUGUCUUUGGAUGGUCUAUGAUGCUCCCCUCUGCCACCCAAGUGGGUCUGAGCGACAAAGUCCUGGUGUUCCCUUACGAGACUGACUUCAGCUUCGUGUCCCUGAUCCCUCAGAAGGAGAUGGGGCUGAGGGCCUUCACGCUCUGCAUGCGGGUGGCCACGGAGCUGCCUGAGGACCGUCAGAUCAUCCUGUUCGCCUACCGCACCGCCGACUACGACGAGCUGAACUUGUGGCGUGAGAGCGACGGGCGCGUCUCCUUCUAUAUGAGCGGCGACGGCAUCUUCUUCCACCUGCCGCCCAUCACCACCUUCCGCACCAGCCUCUGCCUCACCUGGGACUCUCGCACCGGCCUCUCUGCCUUCUGGGUGGAUGGGAAACGCAGCACCUACCAGGUCUACAAACCCGGGCACAGCAUCCGUCCCAAAGGCUCCAUCCUCCUGGGGCAGGAUCCAGACAAACACCUGGGGGGUCUGGAGGCCGGGCAGAGCUUCGUUGGCGAGAUGGCGGAUCUGAACAUGUGGGACUUUGUGCUCUCCAGGAGCAUGAUCCAGGCCUGGCACUACGGACACAGGGUGCCCAAGGGAAACGUCUUCGACUGGGGCACCAUGGAGUACGAGCUGAACGGGAACGUGAUGGUGGUGGAUGAUGACUGACUGGACGUGGAGUCGGGGGCAGAGAGGAAACGGGCUUUAGAGAUCUGUGUUGGACUGAUACUGAUGUGUGGUUUUCUUUCUUAGAUUCAGUACUGUUUCAUGUUAGAGCCCUUUAACUGAGCUUCCAAAACCACACCAACUCUCAGUUUAAUUUGACAUUAAGGAACUGUUGAUCAUUAAUGGAUUAUUUGAAAGGCAUAUCCUACAAAAGAUCAGGAGCCCGAAGUGUCCUCAAAAAUAACCGCGAAGAUACAUAACAACCACAGAGAGACUGUUUAAACCGCUGCAAAGAGACACAAGGGACGCCCCUAAAGGGCAAAACAAACCACCCUGUAAAAAAGAGACACAAAUAAAACAACAACAGCAAAACAACUACAAACAGAUGUAAAAUGACUAAACACAGUGACAAAAAAACUGCAUAGAACCAAACACGGAUGCAAAAAACAGUACAAAGGGUCACAAGAUGACCGCAAAGUGCACAGCCACAGACAACUAUAACUCCUGUGUGUCUGGCUCCUAUGUCGGAGAGGUGUUGGGGCCUUUUUCAUGUCUGUGCCCAGGGGCCAAUUCGUUCAUCCCCCUCCCAUGUGCUUGAUGACUUGUUAAGAACGUAGAAAGGACUAGUGUUUCAGUAUAUUGACUGAGAAACCUCCUAUGCAGUAAUCUGUAAUUAUUUUAGACAACAAAAUGCACUAGCCAAAAACAAAAAAAAUUAUUUGUGGUGAAUUAAAGCAUUUUUAUCAAAAUGUACAUCAGAGGGCUUUUUCCAAACGGUACCUCAGUUUAAGAUCCUUGUUUCAAUAAUUAGCAUUUAAUUUGUUUAGUCUUCUUUGUGUCUCCAAGCUUCAUCCUUUGAAAGACCAACCUCUAAAUAUGGAGCUUUAAAUGUUGACGUGCCGGUUGCAUCCAUAGGGUGGCACUCUGCACUAGUUCACAUCAAACAGAAACGUGUGUCAAGUGAAGGGUUAUCAUGCAUCUGCUAAUGUGAUAUAGUUAUGAACCGAAGUCCACCAAUAACUGAUUUGCUGCUAUAAUGUAUUCAAAACUAUUUUUCCAAAAACCUUAAUGCGUUUUUAAUGGAAAACUAUAAUGCCAAAAAUACAAGUUCAAUUCAAAUAAAAUCUUUUUUAGUCAAAAUUGCAAAUACAGUAAUUAAUUAAAUUAAAUCCCCAAACCGUCAUGCAUUCAGAUAGUACAAUUUAGUUUGUCCAAUGAUAUUGAUGAAAAUAGGAAGUGGGUAUUAAAACACUGUGAGAUGUGUUAUUUCUUAAUGAUUUACUGCACUCAGAGUGCACUCAAAUAGCAAUUAUCAUGUUUAAUAUCCACCGCCGUAAUGUUCCCUCCGGUUAGCGUAUACUCACUCAUGAAUUUCACAUGUUUCCACUGAUGUAAGAACGCUUUUGGGUCUGAAAUAAAACCUUUCCAUGUGCAUAACUAAUAAUGUUUGUAAUUAAAAGGGAAUAUUUCGUCUUUGAA